AGUACUACCACCAUAGCAGCUGGAAAGCAAGAGAGGAACAUGAUGAAAGUUGCACCUACGAGUCCGCUUCCCACGAGGCACGUGCGGAUUCUGUUUCACCGCACGUGCCUUGAGCAUUCAAUAAUUACCACCAACUCGCCAAAGUCACUUAAUUAUAAACGCGGAACGCAUUUCACCAGGAGAAGCAGAACCAUCGCUCAAGCUCACACUCACAGUAAAAUCCAAACCAAAAUGGCGGAAAAUAAAGCCAUUGAAGAAGCUCAGAGCAAGUUCCGUUCAGAGUUCCUUCAAGUUCUGCGUAGUAGGCGACCCGCUCAAGUUCCAUUAACAGUCGAAUUCGCGAAGCCAGUGGUGAAUCCUUUGCAUCAGAACUCUCCUCCAUCGAUCGAAGAGAUCAAGAUAAUGGAGUCGUGUCCGAGAACUGAUAUAGAGAACCUUGAAGACUUGCUCGAGGAGGAGAAUCUCUAUUUGAAUAUAGAGGAAGGAGAGCAAGGACGGUUGCCUUUGUUGAUUUUGAAGUUGAAGGAAAGCGAUAAGCAGAGAAAAAGGCCUGCAGUUGUUUUUCUUCACAGUACGAACAAAUACAAAGAAGUCCUACGUCCAUUGCUUAAGGCGUAUGCUUCGCGAGGAUAUAUAGCAAUUUCUGUUGAUUCUCGUUACCAUGGAGAACGUGCUACCAGCGCAACCACCUAUCGCGAUGCACUUAUUUCUGCAUGGAAAACUGGUGAGACGAUGCCAUUCAUAUUUGACACGGUCUGGGACUUGAUUAGAUUGGCAGAUUAUCUAACACAGAGAGAGGAUAUAGACCCUUCUAGGAUAGGAAUCACUGGAAUAUCACUUGGAGGAAUGCAUGCAUGGUUUGCUGCAGUUGCUGAUACUCGCUAUGCUGUGGUUGCUCCUCUGAUUGGCAUUCAGGGAUUUCAAUGGGCCAUAGGCAACGAUAAAUGGCAGGCUCGAGUUGAUAGUAUAAAGCCUCUUUUUGAGGCGGCUCGUGAUGAUUUGGGUAAAGGUGCUAUUGACAAAGAAGUGGUGGAGAAGGUGUGGGACCGAAUUGCUCCUGGUUUAGCUUCCCAAUUUGACUCACCUUAUUCAGUUCCAACUAUCGCACCACGUCCUUUGCUUAUUGUUAAUGGUGCGGAAGAUCCUCGGUGUCCCGUUGCAGGCUUGGAAAUUCCAAGGGCACAAGCAAGCCAGGCAUAUGGACAGUUUGACUGUUUAGAUAAUUUCAAGAUUAUUACAGAACCUGGAGUUGGACACCAAUUAACGAGACUUCAAGUGAAAGAAUCAUCUUAUUGGUUUGACAGGUUCUUGAACCCUUAGCCCGUGCCCUCAUAUGUGUUCAUCAAGCCCUGUGUGGUUGUUGCUCUAGCUCAUUGCCUCAUUUCUAUUGUCAUUGUGUCAUGAUAUCAAAGUCAAUAAAUUGUCAAAUAGAAAUCAUCAUCAUGAUGACUCUUAAGGUACAGUCAAUAAAUUUAUUAUGUAUGAUGGUGUGUAAUUGAAUGAUAGUAAAAAAAAAAUUAUAUUGUCAUUGCAUAUAUUAUUUAUUCAAACUUUUUUUGCCCCGUUA